AUCAUCUUGGGGGAUGCUCUCCCUUCAGGGAAAACUGAAUUCUCAACAUGUUCAAACAGGACUGCUGGAGGCCCUUAAAGCAAGAGAGUGCAUCUCCGUCCACAUUGGCCAGGCGGGAGUCCAGACAGGAAACGCCUGCUGGGAGCUCUUCUGCCUUGAGCACGGCGUCGGCCCUGAUGGUGUCUCCCUGGACGGUCCUACAGCACCGAACUGUCGCGAGGACCCAUUCAACACCUUCUUCAAUACUGGGAGCUCUGGGCGCCAUGUUCCCAGAGCGAUCUACGUGGACCUGGAGCCCACCGUGGUUGAUCAAGUAAGAGUUGGGAAGUACAGAGAGCUUUUCCACCCCGAUCAGCUGAUCUCUGGAAAGGAGGAUGCAGCCAACAACUACGCUCGAGGCCAUUACACCGUCGGGAAAGAGAUCAUUGAUGGAGUCAUGGAGCGUGUUCGUAAAAUGACGGACCAGUGCACCGGCCUGCAGGGGUUCCUCGUCUUUCACAGCUUUGGAGGUGGAACCGGUUCUGGUUUCACCUCUCUGCUGAUGGAGCGUCUGUCUGUCGACUACGGCAAGAAAUCUAAGCUGGAGUUCGCUGUGUACCCAGCUCCCCACGUGUCCACCGCUGUGGUGGAGCCCUACAACGCCAUCCUGACCACCCACACCACCCUGGAGCACUCUGACUGUGCCUUCAUGGUCGAUAACGAGGCCAUCUAUGAUAUCUGUCACCGCAACAUGGACAUCGAGAGUCCUGGUUACGUCAACCUCAACAGAUUGAUUGGUCAGAUUGUGUCCUCCAUCACGGCCUCCCUUCGUUUCGACGGCGCCCUCAACGUCGACCUGAUGGAGUUCCAGACCAACCUGGUGCCCUUUCCCCGUAUCCACUUCCCUCUGGUCACCUACUCGCCCAUCAUCUCUGCUGAGAAGGCUUACCACGAGCAGCUGACUGUGAACGAGAUCACCAGCGCCUGCUUCGAGCCGGCCAAUCAGAUGGUAAAGUGUGACCCUCGUCACGGUAAAUACAUGGCGUGCUGCAUGCUGUACAGAGGUGAUGUCGUCCCGAAGGAUGUAAACUCUGCCAUCGCAGAAAUAAAAACCAGACGUUCCAUUCAGUUUGUUGAUUGGUGCCCAACUGGCUUCAAGGUGGGAAUCAACUACCAGCCACCCACUGUGGUUCCUGGUGGAGACCUGGCCAAGGUCCAGAGGGCUGUGUGCAUGCUGAGCAACACCACUGCUAUUGCAGAGGCCUGGGCUCGGCUUGACCACAAGUUUGAUCUGAUGUACGCUAAGCGUGCCUUUGUCCACUGGUAUGUGGGUGAGGGUAUGGAGGAGGGAGAGUUCUCUGAGGCCAGAGAGGACCUGGCCUGUCUUGAAAAGGAUUACGAGGAGUUGGGUCAAAUGAGCCCCGAUUCUGAAAACGACGACGAAGGCCAAGAAUACUGAACGUUGUGAGGCCGUGACGGCUGCACAGCGGGGAUUUAAUCCUGUACUGAGGCUAUAACGAAUUCAUAUCUGUUCUGUGUUUCUUCUUAACUACAGUUAACCAAAUUAAUAAUCUCUCUCACUGCCAUGCUUUUUUUUAGCAUCUGAUUUAGAUUUAGAAGACAGAAUGCUAAAGUUGUAUUUGAAUUGUACUUUGAAAUAAAG